AUGGUUGAGAUACAAGAAGGCAGCAAACCAAUGCUUUCAAAUAUUAGCACAGGGUCGUAUUACGAAGAGAGUCUCUUGAUAUUUGCAAAAGGAUUGGACCUUGAGUACACUAGCGUGCUUUUACUGGUUACAAGCAUUGACCUAUCACACAAUAAUCUUUCCGGGGAAAUACCUAAUGAAGUGACAAAUCUUUCUGAAUUGUAUUUCUUGAACUUAUCUGGAAAUCAUUUCACUGGAAACAUCCCACAAAAUAUUGGUAACAUGAGACAGUUGGAAUCACUUGAUUUAUCAAUGAAUGAUCUUUGUGGCCAAAUUCCCCAAACCAUGCUUGCUUUGAAUUACUUAAGCAAGUUGAACUUGUCAUAUAACAACUUGUCAGGAAGAAUUCUAUCAGGAUACCAAUUUCUGACUUUUAAUGACCCCUCCAUCUACAUCGGUAAUCAUAACCUUUGUGGACAGCCAUUGCAAGAUUGCCCUACUCAUGAACCUCCACAUCAAGAAGAGGAACAAGUAGAUGAAGAUGACUGCGAUAUGAUAUGGAUUUAUGCUAGCUCGGCAUUGGGAUUUAUCUUGGGAUUCUGGAGUUUCGUUGGUACAAUAAUGAUCAAGAAGGAUAUCAGGAUUUCUUAUCUUCGAUUCAUUGACAGAACAUUUGAUUGGGUUUAUAAAGAAUUAGCAAUAAAAUUUGCCAUGUUGAAGUUUGUCGCUGGGAAGAGCAACCACAAGCAUAAUUAA